CGGACUGCGCAGGCGCCAGGGCCCCGACCCGGAAGACGGCACAGUGGGCGCCCCGCGGCGCUGGCCAGCUCGGGGGCGGAGGGCGUGUUAGCCAAUGAUUUGAAGGAGCGGCGAGGGCGGGCUGAGGCCCGCAGUUGCUAAGCGCUACCUGAGGGGGAGGUGACUUAUGCAAUGGGGGAAGGUUGGUCCUGGGGCUUCUCCCGUCGCUCUCCCUCCGGCCCGCGGAAGUCGAGCAGACGAGAGGCGGGCCUAAGGCCGGAAGCAGGAAGGAGGGCGCAGGAAGCGGCGCGCCGCAGCCCGGCGUACUGUCGGUCAGUGGGGCUGUCGGUGCUGAGGGCAGGAUGGAGAAGCUGCGGCUGCUGGGCCUCCGCUACCAGGAGUACGUGACUCGUCACCCGGCCGCCACCGCCCAGCUGGAGACGGCAGUGCGGGGCCUCAGCUACCUGCUGGCAGGUCGCUUCGCCGACUCUCACGAGCUGUCAGAGCUGGUGUACUCUGCCUCCAACCUGCUCGUGCUGCUCAACGACAGCAUCCUACGGAAGGAGCUUCGGAAAAAGCUGCCGGUGUCGCUGUCCCAGCAGAAGUUGCUGACAUGGCUGAGCGUGCUGGAGUGCGUGGAGGUGUUUAUGGAGAUGGGCGCUUCCAAGGUGUGGGGUGAAGUGGGCCGCUGGCUGGUCAUCGCACUCAUCCAGCUGGCCAAUGAUCUGGUUCAAGACCGGCCUCCAGACCUCACCUCCCAUCGCUCCGCUGGACAGGGAGACCCAGGCACAGCCCUCGAAUGGUGACCACAGCCCUAGCCAGGAGCAGCCCUAUGUGGGGAAGCGGUCAAACCGAGUGGUGCGAACCCUCCAGAACACUCCAUCCCUGCACUCGAGGCACUGGGGCGCCCCCCAGCAGCUGGAGGGACGGCCACAGCAGCCGCCCGAGGAGCUGAGCAACACCUCCACCCCACUGGGGCUGCAGGAGACCAUCGCUGAGUCUUUGCACAUCGCCCGGCCCCUGCUGCACCUGCUCAGCCUGGGCCUGUGCGGUCAGCGGUCGUGGACACCCUGGCUCCUGUCUGGUGUUGUGGACGUGACCAGCCUGAGCCUCCUGAGUGACAGGAAGGGCCUGACCCAGAGGGAGCGGCUGGAGCUGCGGCGUCGGACAGUGCUGCUGCUCUACUACCUGCUGCGCUCUCCGUUCUACGACCGCUUCUCCGAGGCCAAGAUCCUCUUCCUGCUCCAGCUGUUGGCAGACCACGUUCCUGGCAUCGGCCUGGUCACGAGGCCGCUCAUGGAGUACUUGCCCACCUGGCAGAAAAUUUAUUUUUACAGUUGGGGCUGACAGACGUCCUGGGAGUGGGGUGCAGGGAGGGCAGGGCAGUGUGCUCUGCCACUCUGAGCAAGGACUGCCUCAUCCCUUUGGCCCCCCAGACCCCACCUCCCCAAUAAAACUGACUCUGGCACUGUUCUA